AUGGUAAAAAACGAAACUUGUCCAAUUCAUCGAGUUAAUUUAUCAUUACCAAUUAUUAAAAAUGAUUCAUAUGAAAUUUAUUGUACAGAACCUUUAAAACAAAGUCUAUUAUCAUCAUAUCAAAAACCUCUUCAUGAUAAUAAUAAAAAAUUAAAUAACAGGACAACAAAAGUUCGAUCUCCUGGUCAUUUAAAUCAUCUUACUGGUCCAAUGCUCGUUAGUUUAUGUGUUGAAAUGCCUGUAAUAUCAAAAGAUUCAUCAUCAUCAAUAAGUGGUUCAGUAUCCAAUGCAUUAAUUAGUUCUGAUUAUUCUGAACAAACUUUACAUGCUGUACCUACGACAAUAAAACGUAAUAAAAAUGAUUGUAGACAAUCUCUAACAUUAUCUAACAAUCAACUUGUAUGUAAAUCAGAUGAAUUAUUCGAUGAAUCUUUAAUAACGAAAACAAAAGAUCGUAUGUGGCCAAAUAUUCAUCAUCCACAAUUAACAAACGUUAAAGUUUUACAUAGUAGAAAAACAUUUAAACAUAUAUUUAAUUCAAGUGAUAUUUAUUUACGAGCACCAAAUACAUCAUCAUUAGAAAAUUUAUCGCAUGAAUCAGUUAUAUCAUCAAAUGAACGCCUUCAUAAAAGAAUUGAACAGUUAACGAAACAUUUUUUUCCAACAAUUCGAAAACUUCGACAGGGUCAACCUUGUCCUGAAUUAAUUAAUAAUCGAAUGCAUUUACAUCGCGAAGAUAAGAGAGAUUUCUUACCGAAAGUUUCUCGUUCUCGUGUAGUUCGAUAA